CAGUGGUGAGAAGACGAAAUCUCUCUCUCUCUCUCUCUCUCUCUCUCUCUCUCUCUCUUUCUCCCCCCUCUUCUUCUCCGUUACAGUAGUGAGAAGACGAAAUUACCCUCCGUUUUGUUGUCAAAUACCGAACGGCUCCUAGUUCGCCUCUGAUUCUACCAAGUUACCAACAGUCAAAGAUCCUCUCCCCUCUCUGAUCAACGAUUUUCUUUCCCUCUGCUCGCCAAAAUUUUCCCUCUCUUUCUCGCAUUUUCCCUUCUAUUUUCAUGGAAAACUCGGGAACAAGCUGACUGGAAAAGGAAAUGGAUUUGACCGAAGGCGUCGGAGAGAGCUCCUCGCCGCCGAGAAGCUUCGGGAGCUUCAACAACUACGAUGUGAGGAACGAUGUUUUCAAUCGCUUGGUCGAGACCGGCCACGAGGACGCGGUUAGCAAUCCUGAGUUUCGCGAGCAGUUGGACGCUCACUUCAAUCGCUUGCCGGCUAGUUAUGGACUUGAUGUUAACAUAGAUAGAGUGGAAGAUGUUUUGUUACAUCGAAAGCUUCUUGCAUUAGCAAGAGACCCAGAGAAGAGGCCUGUUUACCAUAUUCGUUUCUUGGAGAAUAUUUCUAGAACGGAUGGCAAUGACGAUCAGGACUUUACAAGUAUUCUUGCAACUCCAAGGCCAUCAUCUGAUGGAGCUAAUGACGAAGUUCUAUCACAUAAAAGAACCAGGAACCGUGCAAGUGACUUUGAACCUUGCUCUAAGCUUGAGGACCUAAAUUUAGAUGUCAGAAAGACUUCCAAGGACACAACAGAACAAUGUGCAAUGAAGAAGUUUUCCAGAAGGCAAGAAAGUAGUCAUGUUGCAGUUCAUGAAGUAAUAUUCUCUACCAUUGACAAGCCUAAGCUUCUUAGCCAGCUUUCUGCUUUGCUUUCUGAUAUAGGACUGAACAUCCGUGAAGCACAUGUCUUCUCAACAACUGAUGGUUAUUCCUUGGAUGUAUUUGUGGUGGACGGGUGGCCUGUUGAGGAUACAGAUGGUUUAUAUGAAGCUAUGGAAAAAGCAGUUGCUAGAAGUGAGGGUUCGUGGUCUAGAUCAUCACAUUCUCAUUCUGCUGUGGAGAAAUCUUUAGCAACACAAACGAAACUUGGAGACUGGGAAAUAGAUCGAAGAUUAUUGAAAAUAGGAGAGAGAAUUGCAUCCGGAUCUUGUGGAGACUUGUAUCAUGGCGUUUAUCUUGGGGAAGAUGUUGCAGUUAAGAUUCUCAGAUCUGAGCAUUUAAAUAAUGCUCUAGAGGAUGAGUUUGCCCAGGAAGUGGCAAUUUUGAGGGAGGUUCGGCAUAAAAAUGUUGUUCGUUUUAUCGGUGCUUGUACAAGGUUACCGCAUUUGUGCAUUGUAACAGAGUAUAUGCCCUGUGGAAGUCUAUAUGACUAUUUGCAUACGAAUCACAAUGUCUUGAAGCUCACACAGCUGCUGAAGUUUGCAAUUGAUGUCUGCAGAGGAAUGGAGUAUCUGCAUCAAAAUGACAUAAUACAUAGGGAUCUGAAGACAGCAAAUUUGCUUAUGGAUACUCAAAAUGUUGUUAAGGUGGCUGAUUUUGGCGUUGCUCGGUUCCAAAAUCAAGGGGGAGUAAUGACCGCUGAGACUGGAACGUAUAGAUGGAUGGCACCAGAGGUUAUAAACCAUCAACCAUACGAUCAAAAAGCAGAUGUAUUUAGUUUUGCUAUUGUACUCUGGGAGCUAGUGACGGGCAAGGUUCCAUAUGAAUCUAUGACUCCUCUGCAAGCUGCACUUGGAGUGAGGCAGGGAUUGCGCCCGGAUCUUCCUACUAAUGCACAUCCCAAAUUAUUAGAAUUGAUGCAGAAAUGUUGGGAUGGAACUCCUGGCAAUCGGCCUUCGUUCUCCGACGUAAGAACUGAACUUGAAAAUCUUCUAGAAGUUCAAGAAAACUCUGAAGCAGUAAACUGCACUUGAAACAUGUACACAAAACAUUCCCAUCGGCUCAUUUUUAAGCAUUCAGAUGAGGAUUUGUUUUCUCAUUUUUUUUUCUUCACACGGUUAUAGAGGCAUGUAAAACUGAGGGAAGUGCACUAAAAAUUGCAUAGUUCUGACACAGAAAUUAGGUGAGAGUGAUAAAUUGUUUUACUAGUGGCUCAAAACUGCAUUGAAAGCAGUAUCUUUUGGAGUGCGUUGUAAAUGAUUGUGGUGCUUUCAAGAAUGAGAUGUAUAAUAUGUAUUGACUAUACUAAUACAUUUUGAAGUGGGCGUAUGCUUUUCAUGUUUGCAAUUUUAAUAGCGUUGGACUAC